AUGACAUGGUCUGAUAAGAAAUUUAUUGCAGCAUAUGAAAGUGGAAAGUCCUGUUCCGACAGUUCUACAAUUCUAAAUACGCAAACAGGUGAAAUUGUUCUUUUCUACAACUUCAUGGAUUAUUCCGCAUAUGGUAUUUACAGACAACAUGUUAGAUUCUCAAGUGAUGAUGGUGAAACAUGGAGUGAUCCUAUUGACAUCACAGACCAAAUUGCUCCACCAAAUUCUGAAAAAGCCUUCAAAUUCAUUACAUCUGGUAAGGCUACUCAAGCUAGAAACGGCAAUUUAUACCAAACACUUGUCGAUGUUUCAAUAGGAAAGGUUUAUUUAAUUGAAUCCAAGAAUGGUGGAAGAAAUUGGACAAGAAUCGAUAUUGGUGUUUCUCCAGCUGACGAAACAACAGUUGCUGCACUUGACACAGGUAAUGUGUUACUUAACGCACGCACAAAUCAAGGCUGUCGUUACUUAUUUGAAAUAGACCCUGUCAACAAGGUUCUUGUUAGGUCUGAGAAGAGGACAGAUUUACCAGAUCCAACAUGUGAUGCUUCAUUCAUGAGAUAUGACUAUGGAAAAUCAAGUAUUCUUUUCUUCGCAAACUGCCACUCAAAUUGGGGAAGAAAGAAUAUGUCUAUCAAGUAUUCACUUGAUAACGGAAGAACUUUCACUGGAGGUAAAACAGUCUAUCCAAAUAAUGGAGGUUAUUCUGCAAUAACUGUUGCACCAAAUACAGACAUUGUCUAUCAUUAUGAAUACCCAGAUGGUAAUGGCCUUGCCGUUCAAGUAUUGCCUAUGGACUGGGGAAUGGAUCAGUAA